AUGAUAGGCGAGGAGAAAUAUGAUUACGCUGCGUCACUGGUGAGCAAAUGCGAAGAUUUGUCUUUUCAGCUGGGGAAUCCCACACAGAGGCUCGGCUAUUAUAUCUCUGACGCCCUGCAGGAGACAAUCAAACGCCAGAGUCUCGGCAUGUUAAACAACCUAGAUAAACUAGUCCCUGAUUUUGCCUUCAAUAUAGAUGGUGAAAUUGACAAAAAUGAGUUUCGCAGUUUCCUUGCUUACUCUAAUAGAGUUCUACCCUAUGUAAAAGUAAUUCAGUUCACGUCUGUGCAGGCGAUCAUAGACGUCGUGGGGAAAGCCAAGAAAAUUAAUGUAAUUGAUCUAGGGAUGCGAACUGAGUCGCACUGGACAGUAUUGAUGGAGUAUCUUGCACACAGAUCUGUUUCCUCUUCUUUCCCUACGCUUAACCUUCUCAGGAUUACAGCAGUUGGCAUGGAUGGCGAAGGGCUUAGGAACACCGAAAAAAGACUUCAUGAGCUGGCUAAAUCCUACGGAAUUCCAUUUUCUUACAACAUGGUGGAGAUCGAAAACAUAGAGGAGAUUAAGGAAGAGUUAUUCACCGUUAGACAUGGUGAGGCUUUGGCAGUUUAUGCUCCAAUUGUUCUCAGAAGUUUGUUAUAUGACCCCGUCGUUCUGGACAACGUCUUAAGUGUUAUCAAGAACCUGAGGCCAAGGGUAAUGGCGCUUCUUGAAAUAGAAGCGCAGCAUAAUUCUCCAUCUUUUGUAAAUAGAUUCAGCGAGGUUCUUUUCUAUUACAUGGCGUAUUUUGAUUUGUUGGAUGUUAGCUUAAUAGAUAGAAAUGAUAUUAAUAGGGUGAAGCAUGAAGAAUUGAUUACUGGAAGUCAGAUAAGUAAUAUAAUAGUCUAUGAGGGGAAGGAGAGGUCUGUUAGGCAUGUUGGAACUGAUGUAUGGAGAUGUUUGCUCAAACAAGCAGGGUUCAGGGAAAAGAGCUUCAGCUUUCAAGCUAUGUAUCAGGCUAGAUUGUUAUUAGGAGAACAUGCUUCUGGAGAAUAUUAUACUUUGGAGGCCGAUGGACUUGCCAGAAUUUUAAGGUGGAAAGGAACACCAUUUAUCGCACUCUCGGCAUGGAGUGCUGUAAGAAUGAUCGUUCAUGGCGAUUGCUGA